UCUGGAUAAGCUGAGUCACUCAUGCAAUCAAGGCAAAUGGGGCAUGUUGGGUCUGGACGCCUCUCGGCUGCCAUGAUUGCGUUUUAGCUGCUGCUAUCACCUUGAACAAGAUCAAAAUUGCAUUAAGAAAAGCCACCAGGUGAAUCCAUGCCCUCCUUCACAGGCAUGGUAACUGCAGUAAUUGUCUUUGCAGCCUCCUAAUUGCAGUGAGAAACAUAGUUUUGUUAAUCAGUCUUCUUAAAAUCACCUUCACAUAGUUACAAAUUUAAAAGAUGUGAUCAACUAGCUUAUAUGUAAACAUUUAUUUAUGUGUGUAAAGCAAAACACAAGUGUUAACUCCCUUAUCUUUCAAUCUGCCAACCUGCAAAAUACCAUAGUGAUAAAAGUAAGAUGUGUGCAAGUAUAAAAAAAUCAUCAUGUCUAAUAAUUUGUGUCUUUAAGUGUUAAAUCCAACCAGUUUCCUUCCAGUGUUUCAUAGCACUUAUUUUUAUGUCAAUUUAUCCACAGAGGUAGGUAGUAUUGCAAUAUUACAACUGCCUUUGAAAACCAUUAUAAGAGUGAAGCUUUGUGGUCUAACCUGUCAGUCUCUAGUGAUUUAGAAAAAAAUUUUGUUUUGGAAUAAUCAAAACUCAGUCAAAAAGGAAAGCAGUAUGAAUGCUGCUGCCAUCAAAGUGUGCACAACAAAAAUGAUUUCAUAUGUUGAGUCCGCAAUUGAACAAUUAAGCAGGUGGGUGUCAUGGCAACCAAACAAACAUAGUCACAUGACUUCUACAAGAGGCUUGAAUACAGAAUUUUUAAAAAUAUUUUAAGAAAUAUUUUUUUUUAAAAAAAGGGAAUUGAGAAUCAAAAGUGUCACUAUCCAUCAAUCCCACAAACUUGAUAACUUUUCAUUUUUAAUGAAAUCUUGCUAACUACAGCGGCAAUAUUGGAAAUAUUGGCAAUAUAUACCAAUUUUAUAACCAAGUUUUGUGAACUAAUAAUUAGACUCCUAAUUGCCUUCAGAUUAAAAGGGAAAUGCGGUAUUCUACCCUAUAUAGGUACUUUUUAAUAUCCUUAGAAUGUAAAACAAGUCUUUUAUAGCAUUAUCUUAAACCUAUCUAGCUGCAAAGGUAAAUAUAAAGCAUAGAUAAAAUGAAAAAAGUACAAUGUGUGUAAGUAUGGAAAAAUCACAUAAUUUUUUUUCUAAAACGCAGUUUAAAUGUAAACACUUUGCCAACUGUUUCACAGCAAUGAUGUCACUUUUACAUACAUCUUUAAGUCGACACAGGUAGUCGUCACAAAUAGUCUUGCUAUUUCACGGCUGUUUUUUGUCACCUGAAUUAAAAUAAAGUUGCAACCGGCUAAUUUCGUAUAAUUUCGAGAAAAAAAAACGUACACAUUCUGCUUUCUUUUAACUAAAACAUUACUCCUGUAAAGUGUGUCCGACUAAAUGUGAUUUCAAAUGUUGAGUCCGAACUGAACUGACGGGACAGUGACGCUGACGUCACAAUGUCCUCUUAUGACGUGUACAAUUCAAUUUCUGCCGCGAGAGAAUCCUGAGCAAAAACGCGCUUUUUCCUCGUGAUCAUGGGAAAAAAUAUAUAUUUUAAAAAUCUGAAAUGAGAAAUUUACCAUAGACCUUGACAUUCUAUAUAGUAGACAGAGUGUUGUAUUCUUAAUUAUACAUGAUAUGGAUAUGGAGACAGAUUUUCUGUCCAGUAAUUAAAAAGCGGACAAUUUUACCAAACUGAAUUCCACGGGUGUUCGCAGACAAAGUCGUUUUAAUUUUUUCAAACUUUUCUCAACGCAUGUAUUUCUAAACCAAAAGCGGUACCUCGGGAGUCCCUGCAGGGGGCGCUAAGAAACAACGCAACCUUUUUCGCGUGCGCGCCACUUGUUGCUCUUCUCGCAAUAAACUGGAAAUUGAUUUGCUUUUAUUCUGGAGUACACUCUUAAGUAAUGCUUAUGACUAUUUACACAGCCAGUUUAGUGAUCAUAUAAAGAUAUAUUGGGAGCCUUUUAAUUAAAUGGCAUUAAAAAAGUAGUGAGGUGCUGGAUAUACUUUUUCAUUUUACUGCAAUUUAAGCGGGCAAAUUGUUUACUAGUAAUUGCAUCUGUCUCUGCUUGAUCAAGCCCAGUGACGUCAUGUAGUGGGGGGGGGGGCAGCUUGACUGGGGCAGGGGGGUUGGAGGGUAAACUGGCUUUGAGCCUGGGAUUGCAGUCCUAUUCGUCCAAACCUUGACUGAAGACGGAUUUACAGUCUGUUGUUGGCUGUUUCACCAGGGCUCCUUUCUGGAUGUAGGAAAUUAAAAAAUGCAGGGAUGUUAAAAUGUUCUGGAGAAGAAUGUGCCAUCCUUGUGCUGCCAUUUCUGUGUUAGAUCUACUCAUUGCAGCUUCGCUUCUUCUGCUGGAACCAUGCUCGGCUCAGGUGUACAACCUCAGCCUCUCGGUUGAGGAAGGGCUGCCAGCUGGGACUAUUGUGGGAGACCUGAGAGCCCUGCUACCUGAAGAGACUGCCAGCAGUGGAUUCUUCAUAUCAGAGAGCAGAGAAUCGUAUGUCUUCAAAGACCUGGAGAUAGACGGAGACACUGGAAUAAUAGCGACUGCUGUGGUACUGGACAGGGAGAGCAGAGAUAGGUAUGAGUUUGUGGCAGCCACCUUAACAGGAGACGUGAUCAAGGUGAAGAUUGAUGUAAGGGAUGUAAACGACCACUCUCCCAUCUUUAGAAGGGACGUUGUGAGUUUGAAUAUUUCUGAGCAGAGUCCCCCUGAUACGAGGUUUCAGUUGGAAGGGGCUCAAGAUGAAGAUGAAGGUGAUUUUGGGACUCAGGGGUACCGGAUCACAAGCAGUACAGCUGGGGAAAUUUUCAAGGUUGAGAACCGGAACGGUGGGGGCAAUUCCUUCAACCUGGAUUUCAUUCUCUCGGGGAGACUGGACCGAGAAGUGGAAGAUUUUUAUACUUUUAUUAUUGAAGCUUUUGAUGGUGGAGUUCCACCUAAGACAGGGAAGCUACAGGUGGAGGUGCAUGUCUUGGAUGAGAAUGAUAACCCGCCAGUGUUUAAUCAGAGUGAGUACAAAGUGCUGGUUUGGGAAAAUGCCCCACUACUGACUGCAGUCUGCCAAGUUUACGCCACUGACCUGGACCUUGGAAAUAAUGGGCAAGUGACCUAUGAAAUCAGUCGGCGCCAGAGCGACCCAGAUGAGGUCUUUGUCAUUGACAGCACCACCGGGCUGAUUCGUGUGAACAAAGCACUGGAUUACGAGAGUCAGCCUCUCCAUGAGUUGAUCAUCAGAGCUCAAGAUAACGGGAUGCAGCCGGAAUACAGCAGUGCGUUUGUAGUGGUGAAGGUUCUAGACGUCAACGACAACAGCCCUACCAUCAAUGUGAUGUUCCUCAGUGAGUCCAGUGAUGGAGAGGUCUCGGAAGGGGCCGGCAUGGGACAGUAUGUGGCCAGAAUCUCAGUGUCAGACCCUGAUUUAGGAGAGGCCAACGAGAUCAAGGUGUCCCUGGAAGGUGGAGAUGGGAAAUUCACACUUAAACCUUCAGAUGAUUUCCUCUUUUCCCUCUGUGUGGAUGGCGAGCUGGAUCGAGAGCAGGUAGACAUGUAUGAGCUGAAGAUUGUGGCCUCUGACUUUGGAGUACCUCCUCUGUGGAGUGAGAAGACAUUUUUGAUCAAAGUGAGCGACGUCAAUGAUUCUCCACCAGUGUUUGAUCAGGACAUCUACGCUAUGAACAUCUCUGAGGAUGUUCUCCCAGGCAGUGCUCUCUUGAAAGUCCGAGCCAAAGACGUGGAUGAGGGACUAAACUCGGCCGUCCAUUACUCACUUGAGAAGCUGGAAGAUGGAUACCUAGUCAGCAUUGACCCCAAGUCCGGCUUCAUCACAACUGUAGCCCAUUUGGACCACGAGAAGGAAAGUGUAAUCCAUGUCUUGGUGGUUGCUGUAGAUGGAGGGAACCCUCCCUUAUCCAGCACAGCCACUGUCAUUGUCCAUGUGGAGGAUGUCAAUGACAACGAACCGGUCUUUGAAAAACAACUCUAUAACAUAUCUGUUCCUGAACACUCGCCAGUUGGAAGCUGCUUCCUUCAGGUCUCUGCGGCAGAUGCAGACGGCGCCGAGUUUGGCAGGGUGCGAUAUUCCCUCGUCGAUGGGUUCGACAGGUAUGACAAGCGCCACCUCUUUGACAUCAACCCUGAGUCUGGUGACAUCUGUGUGGCGCGAGACUUUGACAGAGAGGCAGGGCACGUGGACCGCGAUGUCCUGGUGAAAGCCGAGGAUCAGGGAGGUCUCAGUUCCCAAACAUAUGUCCACAUAGAGGUGGAGGACAUCAACGACAACCGGCCGGUGUUCAACCCAGAGAGGUACGUCACAAGCAUCAGCUGUCACACGCCUCCAGGCACGGAAAUCCUGACCGUCAUCGCUGCGGAUGCGGAUUCUGGGACGUUCGGACACAUCUACUACGACCUCGUCCCCGGUGAUCUGUCAUCUCAUUUCGUGGUGGAUGCCUCCACAGGGUCCAUGUACCUGGCCUCCCCUCUCAGCCACCUGGGCACCGCCAGUCUCAAGCUGUCCGUUUCCGCCCGCGAUGGCGGAGGCCUGAGCUCCCCCCGCCCCGCCGACGUCACGGUCAACGUCCUGCGCGGCGCCCCGGCUCCCGCCAUCUUCCAGAGGUCCCGCUAUUUGUUCUCUGUGUCCGAGGAUGCCCCGGCGGGCACCCCCGUGGGCAGGGUUCAGGCCUCCGGCUCCAUCGAUGGGGUGGAGCGUCUGUCCUACGAGAUCUCCUCCGGCGACCCGCUGGGGCACUUCCAGGUGCACCCCCAGUCCGGACUCCUCAGCACCCGCCGGACGCUGGAUCGCGAGUCCCAGCCCUACUUCCUGCUCGUGCUGCAGUCCUACACCAGUACCUCGCCCAUCUACAGCAGCGCCCAGGUCAACGUUUCCGUGUCCGAUGUCAACGAUAACCCGCCUGUCUUCUCCCGCGACCAAGACACCAUCUCUGUCUCGCUGGGCACGGUGCCUGGGAUUGCGCUUUACAUCGUGCACGCUCAUGACAGGGAUGCCGGCGCCAACGCUCGGGUUCGCUACUCCUUGCUGGGUGGCAGCGCAGAGCCCUUUGUUGUCGAUGCCCGCCUGGGCACUGUGUUCCUGAACCGUAGCCUUGCGCAAGAUGGUCCGACCACCUAUUCCCUCCGUAUCCAGGCUGAGGACGAGGGCACACCCGCGCUGGCUUCCGUCAUGAUGCUUUCUGUGUCUGUAGACGGUGCCGCGUCGGAGGAAGGGCUCGCCUUCGAAACGCUGGUGUAUCAGGUGGAGAUCAGUGAGGGCGCCCAAAGGGACAGUAGGGUGAUCCAGGUACGGGCUCACGGGCAGGGCCGCCACACGUCCUCCGGAGUCUCCUACUCCCUCCUUUCUGCCUCCCGGGUGCUGCCUUUCAGGAUUCACGCAAAGAGCGGCUGGAUGGUCCUGGACCAGGUCCUUGAUUACGAAUCGGUGCCUGCGUACCGCUUUCGUGUGGCGGCCGCUAACAGCGAGGGCACCGCCACAGCCACCAUCAUCGUCACGGUGCUGGAUGAGAACGACAACGCCCCCGUCUUCACCCAUGGCUCCUACUUCUACACCAUCCAAGAAUCGUCCUCUCCACAGGGCCUGAUGGGCACCGUCAGGGCCACAGACAGAGACUCCGGAAAGAACUCGCGGCUGUCUUACGUCCUACUGUCCGAUGGGAAGCACUUCCGCAUUAACCCAAACACAGGGGAGGUUAUAAACUGGGUGGCACUAGACCGUGAGCAGCACACCCAUCACACCCUGGAGAUCCUGGUUACAGACCACGGCUUCCCGCGCCGCAACGCCACCUGCCGCGUCCACGUCCUUGUCACAGACGCGAACGACAACCCGCCGCAGUUCACUCACCUGCCCCCAGGCAGGGAGAUCAGCGUCCAGUUUUGGGCCGGCUUGCCUGCCGGCUCCAUGGUAACCACGACAUACGCCAAAGACCUUGACGCCGGAGAGAACGGAACUGUCCGCUACUCUAUGACAUCAGAUGAUGGUCUGGGGCACUUCGAGAUCGACAGCGCCAGCGGGGAGAUCCGCAGCACAGCCCGUUUCUCGAAACACCCCGGAAACCACUACACUCUCGCCGUUGUUGCUUCGGACAACGGGCCGUCACCCCUGGAGAGAACGGCUGUCAUUCAUGUGCAGGUUCUUCCAGAUGAACGAAGGAUCAUUCCAGCCGAUGGCUGGGACUCCCAGGGCUUCAGGCACUUCUCCGUGAGGGAGGACGCGAGGCCCGGUACGGUCGUGGGAUCCGUGGAGCUGCCCGAGGGCCGGCGUGGGAAGAUGCGCUACUCCAUCACCGAGGGCAACAGCGCCCUCCACUUUGGGAUUGACACCACCUCUGGCGACAUCUAUGUCCGUCAGCAACUGGAUUACGAGUCCACCCCGCGUCACCUCUUCUGGGUUCGAGCAGAGCACAGCGGCCAGGGACUCCUGCUCAACCGCUCGCUGCUCAUCAUCGUAAGCAUUGAGGACGUCAAUGACCACGCCCCUUGGUUCCCGGAUCACAUCAUCACAUUCGGGCUGGAGGAGAACGUACCCGUGGGGACACGCGUCUAUACAUUUAAUGCACGAGACGGCGAUGGCAGCGCGGCCAACAGCGCCCUACGUUACUCCGUCACCUCUGAGCCAGCGGUGCCUUUUCUCAUCGACCCGGUCAACGGCACGCUGACAGUCAUCGGGCCCAUCGACCGGGAGGCGACCGAGAGCUUCACCUUCACGGUGACCGCCACCGACCAGGCGGAGGAGUCCUCACGUCGUAAGCAAGCCUCGCUGACUGUGCAGGUGCACCUCCUGGACACGAACGACAACAGCCCUGUGUUCGUGUCGACCGCCGAGGCCCAGCUCGCUGAGGACACGCCGCUGGGAAGUCCGUUGCAUCGCUUCAUCGCUAAGGACGAGGACUUGGGGACAAACGGCCUGGUCGCCUACAGCAUUGCAUCUGGAAACGAGGGCGGACACUUCGCGUUAGAGGAGGAAACGGGUGUGCUGCUCCUGGUCUCCUCCCUGGACUACGAGCAAGCGAGCUUCCACACCCUAGAAGUGGAGGCACUGGACAGGGGCCGUCCGCCACGCUCGUCAAUGCAGCGCUUCGCCGUCUCCGUGCUGGACGUCAAUGACCGGGCGCCUGAGUUUGACCGGCACGGGUACGCAGCCGCCGUGGACGAGAACAGAGAUCCGGGAGAGCCGGUGGUCAAGGUGACCGCAAGAGACGGGGACUCAGCGGAAGACACGCUACAGAUGUCUUCCGUACUCGGAAUACUCCAGUGGGCAGACGUGCAUCAGACGUGGGUUAGAUCUGCUACCUUCCACUUGAAUCACCUGGGUUCAUAUCCCCCCUCCUGCUGUAGUACCAUUGAGCAAGCAGCCAACGCCGCCGUGACCUACAGCCUGCUGCCCGGUCCUGGGUACGAGCUCUUCGGCAUUGACCCCCAGGGUGGGGAGAUCCGCACGAGCGCCCGGCUGGACAGAGAGCUGUGGGGGUUCUUCUCCCUGAGAGUUCUGGCUCGGGACAGCGGCUCGCCACCGCUCUCCAGCACGGCCACAGUCCUCUGCUCCGUGCUCGAUGACAAUGACCAUGCCCCGAGCUUCUCACAUUCCUCCUUCCAGACCAGCGUCCCAGAGAACCUACCGCCAGGGCUCAUCCAUGUGGCCCGAGCUGAGGACCCGGAUGCCGGGCUCAACGGCACCAUACAGUACAGCAUCGAGGGAGACUUUGGUGACACUUUUGUUAUCAAUGCCACGACUGGAGCUCUAAGCACCCUGAGGAGCCUGGACAGGGAAGAGAGAAGUUCUUAUGACAUCAUCAUAAAGGCUCAGGACCGGGGCGCGAUACCCCGAACCUCCAGCGUGGCGCUUCGAGUUGUGGUUCUCGAUGACAAUGACAACAGCCCUGUGUUCAGCCAGAAGAGCUACCACACGUCUGUCAGCGAGCGCGUUCCCGUGGGGUCAGAGGUUGUGCGCCUGACCGCCACGGACAGCGACGAGGGCCCCGGUGGCGAAGUUUCCUUCUCUCUCCUGGACGACACACUGGGCGCCUUCUCCGUUGAUGGCCGCAGCGGUUUGGUGAGGACCGCCAGGCCGCUGGACCGGGAGCGCCACGCGCGGUACGCCUUCCGAGCCGCCGCCGCCGACGGCUGCAGCCAGAGCCCGCGCAGCUCCGUCGCCACGGUAACGGUGGACAUUGAGGACAUCAAUGACAACGCUCCUGUGUUCACCCAGAGCGCCGCCACCACCCUGGUCACCACAAACACCCCAGUCAACCGGAUUGUCGUCACAGUGAUGGCUAGCGACGCCGACCGGGGUAAUAACGGGACGGUGGAGUUCAGGCUGUCUGAGCCAGACGCACUUUUCGACAUCGGGCUCCACACGGGGGCGAUCUGGUUAAAGGCUCCCUUGUUAUCGUCCGGUUUCUCCGGCACGAAGCUCUUGCGUGUGAUCGCCUCGGACCAGGGCUCUCCCACCCUGUCCUCUUCGUCCCUCGUCUUCCUCAUUCGCUCAGGAGGAGCAGAGACCGGGCUGCGGUUCACUGAGCAGGACUACAGAGCUACCGUUCCAGAGCACAGCAUCACUGGCUCCAGGGUGGCGACCGUGCUUGCCCGUGACCAAAGCACGGAUCAGCCGAUGAUCACGUACAGCAUUCUUAACGGCAACGAAGAUGGGGCCUUUAGCAUUGACCCACGCGCAGGUGUGAUCUCUGUGAAGGAGCAGAGCCGCCUGGACUUUGAGGAGAAGAAGGAAGUCCUCCUGGUGGUGCUGGCUGACAGCAGGCUCCAGAGCGCCCACUGCAGGGUGACCAUCACGCUGCUGGACGUGAACGACAACGCUCCGGCAUUCGAGCGGAACUACUACGGAACGGCCGUGUGGGAGGGACAGGUCCUCAACACCUACGUCACGCAGGUCUUUGCAGCCGACGGAGACGGCGGUGUCAACGGCCAGAUUGACUACGCCAUCGUUUCUGGUAAUCAUAACGACGCCUUCAUGAUUGAUGCUGAGCGCGGAAUCCUGGCCACGGGUGCUGUGCUUGACCGGGAGAUCAUCUCCUCCUACAAGCUGGUCUUACAUGCCGUUGACAGAGGAAGCCCUCGUCUCACGGGAACGACCACAAUCCAGGUCCGGGUGGCGGACGUUAACGACAACGAGCCGACCAUCCCUCCGAUGGAGCCUGUGGCCAUAGCGGAAAAUCUCCCAGCCGGAUCCACCGUCGCUUAUGUGACAGCCAACGACGUGGACCUCAGCGGUGCUGUGACCUACAGCUUCACGGAGCAGGGCGGCGCGGACGGGAAGUUUGCUAUCGACCCCUAUACCGGACUGAUCACGCUCACCCAGAGCCUGGAUCGUGAGGAGCGUUCCGACUAUGUGCUCAGGAUCUGUGCAUCAGACUCCGUCCACCAGACAGAGGCCGAACUCGAGGUCCAAGUCCUGGAUGUCAACGACAACUCGCCCGUGUUCGCCAAGGCGUCCUAUCAGGUGGUUGUGCCAGAGCUGACCUCGGCUGGUGCCUCCAUCCUGGCCGUGUCUGCCGCUGACCGAGAUGCCGGACUCAACGGCAAGCUCACCUACAGACUUGCAUCCCCUUCAAAGGGCUUCUACAUCAGCCCACACAAUGGCACCCUGUACGCAAACAAACCGCUGAGGUACAUCUCCGGGGCCAGCGUGAUCCAGCUCACGGUGGAGGCCCGAGACGCCGGAGACCCGGCCCUGGCCGCCGUGACGUCCGUGGAAGUGCAGGUGCAGGACAGCAAUGACCACGCCCCGCAGUUCCAGCAGGCCACCUACCAGGUAAGCUGCGCGGAGAACACGACCGUGGGAACCACACUGCUGCGCCUCUCUGCUGAGGACCAGGACUGGUCGUGGGAAAACGCCUGGCUGGAGUACGCGAUCACCGGGGGAAACGAGGAGAGACGCUUCCGCAUGGAGGUGAGCACGGUCCGGGAAGGGCCCUGGCGCAGCACUGCGGGGAAGCUGGUGCUGUGCGAUGCGCUUGACCGCGAAUUGACAGAGAGUUACACUCUGACGGUGACUGCCUCGGACAGGGGACUCCCGCCACUCAGCGGCACAACCGUUGUCACGGUGACGGUGCUGGAUGUGAACGACAACCCGCCAGUGUUUGCCAACUCGGAAUACCAUGUGCGGGUGAGUGAGAGCAGCCCGCCUGGUACCUGGCUGACCCAGGUGGUGGCUCACGACCCAGAUGAAGGAGCUAAUGGCCACGUCCGCUACGACAUCAUCUCUGGGAACAGCAAGGGUCGCCUGAAGUUGGACCAGCUCUCUGGCUCCCUAGAACUGAAUCAGAAUUUGGACUACGAGGAAGACGACAGAUUCGCGCUGACCGUUCGGGCCUCGGAUGGAGACGGGUCGGGCCAGAGGAACCUAGCCUUUGCGGUGGUUUUUAUCUCCGUGUCAGAUGAGAACGACAACUUCCCGCACUUCACGUUUCCGGUCGUGAACUGUCUGGUGAUGGAAAAUCAGCCGGCCUUCUCCCCCGCGUGCACGGUCCACGCGGUGGAUCACGAUGCAGGCCCCUAUGGACAGCUGACCUACGCCCUCCUACGAGAGUCUUGCUCCGUGGACUACAGGAACUGGAGUCCAGAGAGGAAGGAGGCCUUCACCAUAGAUCCCCUCACCGGGGAUAUUCAUACAAAGCAGGUGUUUGACUAUGAAAGAGAACACGAGUUCUGCCUUGUGGUGGAGGCUAGAGAUAGAGGAGACCAAGUGGCUACAGUGAGAGUUCAGAUAGAUGUGGAAGGAAUGGAUGAGUUCAGCCCCAUCUUCACUCAGCCGCGGUACCUCUUCCAGUUGCCGGAGAACGCCAAAGCGGGCCAGAGUAUAGGUCAGGUCAAGGCUAUGGACCACGACGGCGGUCUGGAUGGAGUUGUUCAAUAUUCGCUAGCCAGUCCCUCCCCAUUUUUUUCUGUCAACAGAACAAAUGGUGUGAUCUACUUGCUGGCCACUGUUUACAGGGUUAGGGGAGGGGAGGACUUUGUAGAGAUGUUGCUGAGAGCAAGCAGUCCAAAGGUGGACUCGAGGACCACGUCUUGCCUGGUCACUGUGAACGUAUCCAGCACUGGCAGCAUCCUGCCAGGACUGGCUUCAAACGUUCAGAUCAUCAGUCUAAGCGUGUCUCUGGUAGUGUUUCUCCUGCUCUUCAUCAGCUCCGUUGCCCUCAUUCUGCGGUACCAAAAGCAAAAUGCCGCCGUUAAAAAGGGAGUUUCUUUGACCGCAAAGGUGAACCGCAGCACAGAGACUUUGGACAGAGCCAGCGGUCGCAACACAAGCAGCGUCAGCCUUUGUGAUAUGAAGGGCUCUGUGGACGUGCGGAUGAAGAGGGAAUUCUCAAAUCCCUUCAGGAAUUCGGACUCCAGCGGGAGGGGUUCUGCCGAGGGGGAGACGGCGGAGGAUGAGGAGAUCAAGAUGAUCAACGAACAUCCGUGUCGGAAGAGCUCUGGGUCGGGUCUUAGCGACCGGGCCUCCAGGGUCCCUGACUCGGGGGUUCCACGAGACUCGGAGCGGCUGUCUUGCCAGUCGGAGGACAGCGACCCAACAGGGCUGACUGCUGCUGGUGUGGGGCCGGAGAGCUCCGAGAGCAUCCACACCUUGAGGGAAGAGGGUGGCGGUGAGGAGAUGCUCCCACGCGGAAUCAGAGUGGCCAAAUUGACGGACGGCAUGAAGAGCUACGGCCCCCUGUGCGAGAGCCAGACAUCGGUGGGCGGCUCGCUCAGUUCCCUCGCGUGCACAGAGGAGGAGCUGCGCGGAAGCUACGGCUGGGACUACCUGCUUAACUGGGAGCCGAGGUUCCAGCCGCUGGCGUCUGUCUUCUCGGACAUAGGCCAACUGCCCGACGGGGCUGCGCGGGCAUGCGGCUCGCUGGAGGAGUCGCGCGGCUUCCUUCGCCCGCCACCCCUCAUCACUUCCGUGGCCCAACCAGGCAUCAGGACCGUGCCGCCAAGGAUGCCUCCGAGGGUGCCCGGCCAGAUGGAAACGCUGAUGAGGCGACCAUCCUUCCCCAAGUACACCUACUCGCCGCUGGCCAGGAACACAGGCCUCACUCCGUCCAUCAUGACACCCAGCUUCUCCCCUGCAAUCUCUCUGCUCACCGUACGGACCCCGAACGCCUCUCCGGUGCUUUCAGACACCGGCCUGGGGAGCUGCGGCACGGCAGGGUCACACGCGGAAAUGCAGCUCUAGAUUGCUGAACUAGUGCUGGCUAAACAGACGGAAGUUUAGAUGUCAAAAAGGUACCAGUGUCCUUAUAUCAUAUUUGUAUGUACCAUAUUCGUACACCUUUGACCAGGUUUAACCUGUGUUCGACAGAGACCAGGUUUACGUGUCAUAUCCUCACGUAAAACUUUUCUGUAUGUCGGAAACCGUACUGCGAUAUACAGCUGUCUGACACUGCUUACAGGUUCUCAGUUCACAGGCAUUUGGCACAACUCUUGGGCUAAGGUUCCACAGCGUUCCAGUCCCGAGUCCAGACAAGACCCAACCCCGUCACACAGGAACAUGGUGUUUGUUUAUCGCUACGAGUAAAUUUCAGAGAAGUAUCAGAGAAGUCUGAUCGCGUGUGUCGUCCGCCUGCUGCAGUCUCUUAGAAACCUGUCCGCUUCAAGAGUCAUUUAGUUUUCGCCGAAUGCUUUGGUGAAUAUCCAGUUGUGCGCCGCCGCGUGUCUGGCAGGUCAGGACACGUUUCUGUUUUUCAGUUGUCCAAGCUUUUGUCCCAGACUGAGGCUGGUGAGCAUCGGCGCCGCAGGAUGACCUGAGUUCUUUGUCCGCAAAUACCAGACAAGAACUCGAAACCCCAAGUUUUAUUUCCGGCUCAACGGCUCUGUGUUUCAUUCAUCCGACCGAAGCGUUUCGGGAUGGACAUUUCGUAGAAGGACAUGUAAAAAUCUACUUAUUCAUGCUAUAAGAGUAUUCUGAGCACUGGAGGCAAGGAAGAGAUGCAGUAAUAACACACUUACUGCGCAAAGUGACAUCACACAGCCCUCUGUAGUGAACCCUUUAAAAUAGGUGUGUGUGUGUGUGUAUAUACACAUACAUAA